AUGGCCGCCGUGUACUCUACCCCCGCUGCUGCCAACUACUUCAGCCCCGCGCCGUGCGCGAUGCCUCAACGCGGCUACCGCCUCUGCGACCAGUGCCAAGCCGUCGAGAACCCGGCGGGCCAGCGCUUCCGCCUCUGCGGCGGGUGCAUGGCCGCCCAAUACUGCUCGUCUAAUUGCCAGAAGGCCAACUGGCCGACCCACCGCGCGGUCUGCCAGCACACCCAGAGCGCCGUCUCUGCGUCCAAGCAGCACCCGCUCCCGGACGGCGGCAGCGUCGACCUCGCGAAGUCUCUCCGCCGGUUCACGUCCGCGCACCAGAUGUUGCUCUCCUGGGCCGGCUUCCAGGCGCUGCAGGUCAAGCGCGUGCCCGCCAACGCCCGUCAAUACGCGCUCGUCGUCGAGCUCGCGCACGAUCCGACCGCCGCCGACCCGCUCCGCAGGUUCACGGUGGCGCAUACCGCGCUCGUACCCCGCGCGGCGAUCCUGGCGCGCGACCCGGUGGUGGCGGAGGACACGGCGCGCCGCGACGAGCGCUCCCGUCGCGCGGGCGGGCUCGGCGCGCUGCUCGUGCUCGUGCAGUGCGAAGGGCUGAGCCAGGUGAUGCCCGUCGAGACGGACGCGCCCGCGCGCGUGAGCUGGGACACGCGCGCGGACUGGGAGGACGUGCUCCGCAAGUUCGUGCGCGAGGCCCGGGCCGACUUCAAGCCGAUCAGCACGACGGCGCAGGGGGUCUACUACGGAUGA